CGCGGAGUUUUCCGCCGAGCGGGCUCCUCCUUCCGCCCCGCCCUGACGGCUGCUGCGCCCGCGACUUCCCAGUGCCCCGAGUGCCCCGCGAGUGCGAGAGGGACCCAGCCCCAGGCAGAACCCAGGCGCCGCGCCCGGGACACUCGCGGAGAGAGCGACUCCCUCCCACGUCCCGGUUCGCCCCUAGCGUCCCGGGUCCCCGUUGCCAGGUGAGGAAAAAGGCUCAGAGAGGUCAAUCUGUAUAUCUGGUGUCACACAGCUAACAAGAGGAAGAGCUAGAAUGGAAUCAUUGUCACUGGACUCCAAACCUGUGUACCACCCCGGUGGCCCAGCAGCAGUGAUAGAAGAUGAUAUCAGAGCUGUGUGGGCUGUGGUAAAACUCAUGCAGCAGAAUUGAGAAAUCUCUUGUGACUGUCCUGUGAUGUUUGCGGCUCCUGAUGGGGGAUUGUGGGCUGUGAAAAGAUGGGGGAGCUGGUCUAGAGUGUGAGAGAAAGGGUGAUUGGGGGCGGUGAUUAGAAGGACCUGCCGAGAAUCUAGGGGUAGACAUUGUGAAAGUCAGUGUCAGUGAGGCUCGGGCUGCGUGUCCUGGGUGAGCCGCUCAGCUCCCCCUUCCCAUUGCAAGAUGAGGGAGGGUUGUUUUUUUUUUUUUUUUGAGGGAGGGGUUUAGAGAAGGAGUUCCUGUUGCUUUUUCCUGGCAGAGCUGCUGGAAGAGUUACCUUUUAGACAGUAAAAAAGAGUUACUUUUUAGACAGUGCCACCCUGGUGCUUGAGCCUGAAUGACAUCAGCUCACUUCCAUUGUUGUGCUGGUCCCUCCUAGGCAGACCUUGGGAGAAGCUCCUCUGCUCAGUUGGUGUAACUGGGGGUGGCUUCCCCAUGUGGAAGUGAGCAAAGACCGAGACCUGUGUUCCCUCCCCGCCACCUGCACUUACAAACACAACCCACUGUUUCCCUUUUUGAGAGUGAGUGUGUGUGUGUGUGUGUGUGUGUGUGUGUGUGUGUGUGUACGUCCUUAGGUUCUGUCUAAAUCUGUUCAGGCUGCUGUAAUAAAAUAUCAUAGACCGGGUGGCUUCUAAACAACAGAAACAUACUGCUCACAGUUCAGGAGGCUGGAAGUUGAAAAUGUAGGUGCCAGCAGACUCAGUGUCUGGUGAGGGCCCACUUUCUGGUUCACAAAUAGGCUAGCACCUUCUCCCUGUGUCCCCACAUGGUGGAAAGGGUUGAGCUCUCUGGGCUCUGUUUUAUAAGGGUGUGAAUCCCAUUCACGAGGGCUCCAACCUCAUAACCUUCCAGAGGCCCCACCUCCAAAUGUCAUCAUUUGGAGUUGGGAUCUCAAUAACGAAUUUGAGGGAGAUAGAAGCAUUCAAACUACAGCAGGUCCUGUCUACACUUUGGAGUCAGGACUUCGAUGGGGGCUUUUCCUGUCACUGUCACUGUGUCUGUUACAAGAAAUCUCAGUGUCCUCCAGGACCUGAGUGCCCAUCACAGCCUGGCCUGCAUGGCAGCCACAUAUUAAUGCUGUGUCUCUGUCACCUUCCUCUGCUGCCCACUUUCCACUCCUUAGAAAUUUUGAACUAGACUUGGCAUUUGACCAAGUGUUGGCUCUUCUGUGAGCCUGUUCGGUGUGGCCAGGCCUCCGAGGGGACUCUGCCCACAAAGAGGAGUGGCCCGGCUUGCAGGGAAGCCUGCUGUGGAGUGUGACGGAGAGACCUGUGUGUCAUGCUAUGUGCUCUCAGCCUUCCUCGUAUGGAAAGGGAGUUCCUCCUCACUCGCCCCUGCCCCUUCUCAGCACCAGGGACCUGGUGUGGAAAGGCAGGCGGGGGAGAGAAGAUGGCGCUGUCUGUGCCAUGCUGCAGUGAAGGUCCUGAGAAUGGGCUCCAGUGCCCGCAGGAUUGGAGACUGUGCAGGCCGAGGCCCUGCUUCUGCAGGUCCCUCUCCCAGGCAGGUUUCUUCUCUGAGGGUCUUUCAGAUCCCCCUGCCCUGUGGCCUCCCUCCACUAUCAGUCUUGCCUCUGCUGCCCCCUCUACUCCUGAGCUUGGAGCAGGCCCCCAGACACCCAGGCAUGUGGAGGGGAUGGAAAGAAAAUAGUGCCAAUUUCCUGUUGGUACUUUCUCUAUUGGGAGGCUGGAAAACCCAACACAGCAAUGCCAGUGUGCUCCUCACUCCCAUCCUCCACCCUUCACACUGCCCUGGCCCUCCCCAGUUCUGUGUUUCUCUCCCACCCCUCCCUUCCCCCUUGAGUUAUCAAAUGGCCCAGGGUCUUCUCUUUCUUAUUUUGUUUUGGAGAAACAGGAUAUCAUGAUAUGUUACAUGAUAUAAUGAGGACAAACUUGGAAUUAAACUGUUACUAUCCCCAUUUUACAGAUGGGGAAAACUGAGGUGCAGAAAGGUCAUGUAAACUGUCAAGAUCACAUAGCUGACAGGGAGCAGGACUGGGAUGUGAACCUGGGUAGUCUGGCUUCAGAGUCCAUGUUCUUCUCACCGUCCCCCACUGCCUUUAAUGAAGUACCUGAGAUCAUACAGUGAAACUGGACGUAGAAGGCAGGUAUCCUGAUUCCUCAUUUUAUGCUGUUUCAUCACCAGUGUUUCUAAAGCUCUGUCCUUAAAAUACUAGUUCCUGGGGCCAGUGGACUCUGUGAGGUAGUAUAGUAUCGUGGUAAAGUCCUGGGCUUUGGAGGCCGUCUGCCUGGCUCAGCCAUUCAGUAGCUAUAAUCUUGGGUGAGUUACACAGCUUCGCUGUCCCUCAGUCUUCGUUUCUGUUAUGAGAAGGAUAAUUUUAGUAUUUGUCUCAGGGUUGUUGUAAAGUUCGAUUGCAUGUGAAGCACUUAACACAGUGCCUGGCACAUGAAAAGCAUUCAGUAAAUGGUAACUAUUAUGAUGGCCUAAUUAUAAUUUGAGAAUAGAGUUAAGCAGGCUUCUUUGUUACAGGAUUUAUCAGAGCUUUUAUUACUAUUGCAAAUUGGCAGUUUCCUAGAAAGGGGAUGUGUAGUUGCGGUAUAUAACUAUAUGUAGAAGUCAGCAUUUUCUAAACUUUUUGAGCAAUGAAUCUCUUGCUCUUGUCUGUCUCACUCUCUCCUUAAACUACAUACCUGCUAACUUCACAACUUGCAAGAUAUUAAGCUGGUGUCAGAGAACACAUUCUGGGCAGCACUGAGCUGCACAUCACACUGCUUGCUUCUAGGUGAGGCUGAGCUGGGCCUGGGCAUCCCGGUUAGAUCUGAGCAAGACUUUGGGGGCCGUAGAUGGUAGGUGUUCAGAAGCAAAUGGACUUAAUAGUGCAAAUGAACAGACCUGGAGGAAAGGUUUGCCUGGAGGAAAGGUUUGGAGUGUGUAUGAUCUGGAUACUUGUAGCCGUUCAGCUGUCAUCAGGGUUGACUGUCACAUACCACGUGGGUCCUGCUCUGCAGAAGGCCAAUUGCAUAUUGUGGGAAUGUGAUGUUCUUGCUGAGAGCCUUAGAUUUGUGUGUUCAUUAUGAGGUUCCUUGCCCUGCAGGCCAAACACAUCCUAUUUGAUACUUAAAUGAUCUUAGGAGCCAAUGAAGGAAGAGGUUAUAAAGGAGAAAAUGGACUAACUGGCAAAGCGGGCCAGGCCCCAGAACUCCCUCCAUUCUUUCACUCAAGCUGCGUUUAUAGUGUGCACAUUUAGCCAGACGCUGCGGUAACAGUGGUGAGCAAGGCUGUGGUCUGCAUUUUGGACUUUGGAAAAUAACAUUCACAGAUGGUUGGCAGCAUCAUCACUAGGUAGAGCUCAAUGGUCCUGGAAGAAUCCUGGGGAAGUUGGUUUUCUGGCCGUCUUGUAUUGACAGGGGCCCUCUCAAGCAUUCCAAGCUUGCACUCUUCCUAAUGUGAAUCCGCACCUGAGUCCUUUGCUGGUAUAGAAGCCUGAUUCCAGCUUAGAGUCCCAGCUCUAUUGUAGUUAUAUAAGCACACACACACACAUACACACAUAUUCAUUCUCUCUCUCUCACAAACACACACACACACACACACACACACACACACACACACACGGUCCCUGACUCACACUUUUUCAACUUUAUGAUGGGGUUACAUCACUUUAAGAAGGGCUUAUCAGGAUAUAACCAGCUCCUCCACUUACGAUGGGGUUACAAUGAGGCUGUGGUUUUAAUUGAGUAUGUGCCACUCUUACACCAUCGCAAAGUUGAAAAAUGGUUAAGUAAAACCAUCAUAAGUUGGGGCUGCUGUGUUGCCAGCAUGAAAUGCAUUUUCAACUCAUGAGGAGUUUAUUGGGAUGUAACCCCACCCUCAGUCAAGGAGCAUCUGUAUGUAUUUAUAUUAAAGUUCCUAAUAUUUAGAAAUAUGAACAGUUACAUGUGAAAUAAUAUAUGAUGUCUGGGAUUUGCUUAAAAACAAUACAGGGGAGUGAGUGGGUUGUGGGAUGAAUCAAGAUGGGUCUUAAGUUGAUAAUUGUUGAAGCUGAGGGAUGAUGGUUUAUUAAAUUGUUCUGUUUUGUAUAUGUGCUCCAUAACAAAAUGUUGUGAAAAAAGUCGACCAUUAUUAAUCAGUGCCUCUGUGGUUAAUGGAUAGAUUAAUAUUGUGGCUCACUCCAUGGAAUUCCACAGCCACAGUUAGGUACAUGGUCUGCUGGUGCCAGCUCCUGCCACUGAAGGGGUAUGUGGGGCAGAGUUUGGGCUCUGUCUGCUUUUCCUCAUCAUCAUAGCUAUGAGGAACUGUGAGCUGAUGCACGGAGGGUUUCUGGAACCUCUGGCCAUGAGGAAUGGCCUUGGAAGACUCUUUUUAAAAGCAUGCUUAUUGCACUGUCUCCUUUUGCCCUUGGAGGAGGGGUCUUCAAGUAGGUGGCCAAGGGAAGGACCCACUGGAACCACCAGUGAAGCCAGUCCAGCUUGGAUGGAAGCAGCACACAUUUUGCGAUGCAGCACUAUGAGGGGUGUCAGGUGUUGUCAUCAGCUGCCAGCAGGCCAAGCUCUAUCACAGACCCUCUCUGCCACACGUGUGUGAUUUGAGCAAGCUAUGUCCCUAGUGUAUUUUAGCCACAAAACCGAGGGAGUUAGAACAUGAUCCCUUCCAAUGUGGACAUUUUGUGAGUCUGUAAGUCUAGGAUUUGGGGUGAAAGCUGAAAGAGGCCCCCUUCAGAAAUCCUAAGAUCCCAGAGGAAGGAAGGACUUCAAAAAGGGAUGCCCCUGGUUUUGCCUAUGGGACAAGUGAGUUCUGGAAAGGAGGCCUCAGGUCACUGGCUGAGAUCCUUAGAACAGGGCUACCGUAGUAGAUGUUUCUGCCUUGUCUUGGACCUUCCAACUUGAGUUCUGGGCUCCAGGCUCUUGUUGGCACCUUGCUGUGGGCUGUCGCCUCCCUCUCUCCUGCCCAGUGACCUGGGACGCAUAAGUGCCCAGCUGCUCACAUGGCAGUGUGUGGAGGUUGUGAGCCACUCAGACCAGCUCAGUCUCCAUUUCCCCAGUGUAUGCCAGGAGGGGCAUCAGGUCAGAAUGUGAACUGAGAAGGAAAACUCCAAGCAAAACUCUCAGUACUUCACCCUCGGCCAGAUGUGUGGUUUUUUUCCCCCACACUGACCAAUUCUCUGACGCCAACUGGGUGUCUGUAGUGCAGCUCAAUUCUGACCCUAACUGGGGUCACUCACCGCAGACCUGGUAGGUUAAAGGGCUCAGUCCCACAAGACUGCCAGAUAUGUAUUUCUUAUAUCACGUUAUCACAUGAGCCAUUACUUAACCAGAGCUGAGCUUUCUGCUGAAGAGUUUGCAGAUGCAUCAGUUUCUUUCCUCUUUAAAAAAGUUGUACAUAUAUGGGGGGUGGAGGAGAAGGGGAGGGAGAGCAUUAGGACAAAUACCUAAUGCAUGCAGGGUUCAAAACCUAGAUAACAGGUUGGUAGGUGCAGUAAACUACCAUGGCACAUGUAUACCUGUGUAACAAACAUGCAUGUUCUGCACAUGUAUACCAGAAAUUAAAGCAAAAAAAAAUUAUACAUAUAUCUGAGCAUAUAUAAGCUAAACACAUAUGCAUAUACAUUUAUGUUUUAUGUAAAUCUAUAUAUACACAUGUAUUAUACAUUUCUGUGUGUGUAUUUAUGUGUCUUGAACUAUUCGUCGGAAACUGGUUGGUGAUGACCUUUGUGUACAAGGAUAGAGGGAAGAAUGACUUUUCAUUUUGUAUGUUUCUGUUCCAUUUGAAUUUCCCUACAGUGUGCUUGUAUUCCUUUUAUUUUUUUAAUAAAAUUUAGUUUUUAGAGCAGUUAUAGAUUUACAGCAAAAUUAAGUGGAAACUGCAGAGUUUCCCUGUUCCCCCUCCCCCCCACACGCACCCCCACUACAGUGGUUAUAUUGUUACAACCAGUGAAGCAACAUUGACAUGUCACUACCACCCCAAGUUCAUAGCUUACAUUAGGGUUCACUCUCGGUGUUGAAUUAUCUCUGGGUUUUGGCUAAUGUGUAAUGACAUGUAUCCAUCAUUACAGUACCACACAGAAUACUUUUACUGCCCUACAAUUCCAUGCUCCACCUGUUAAUUCUUUCCUCCUCCAACCUCUGGCAACUACUCAUCUUUUUGCUGUCACCAUAGUGAGACCUCAGUCACGUUGGCAUCACCACCCGAGACAUUGAUCAUGUCGGUGUCCCUGUUUGGGUACCAGCUGUGAUGAGUAUCAUGUUGGGGUCACCACCUAAGACCUUGAUCAUGACUUGUGAAGGUCUGUCCUGCAGACCCUGAUUCAGCAACAGAUGAAUGAAAUACACUCAUACACACCAGAGUACAGUAUGAGUCGAGUGGGCUAGGGAUGGUCAUCAACUACUUUCAGAGGGUGAUUGCUGCUAAUCAGCCACAACUCCCUGUCCUUUCUUGCAUUUAUUCAGUAUACAUUUAAUAACAGAGGUUCUAAGUCAACAUACUUGUGGAUAAUUAACAUGGUUAAAAGAGUGGUUUUAUGAAUGAUGAAAGGUCUUGGUUCCUGGGCCCAGAAUAAACACCAUUAAUGGGUAAUUUCCUUUAUUUCCCUUUGACAUCCCCCUGAGAUGGUCCCUGAGAGGACCAUCCAGCAUAAAGUUUACAUGAGCAAACAAAUUAGUGUAGGGAAAAAGGAAUGUGGGGUAAACACACUUACCUGGGGAAGCUUUUAUUAUUCUAACCUUUACCCUGUGACUUAAAGUUCUAACGUAAGAACUGGCUACCUUCAGCCUGUUCCAUUAAAACCUUUUGGCCUUCCAAAAAGUUUGAGAUUAUAAUCUUAUAACUUCCCUAAUAUUUUGCCAACCACCCCGAGUGAAUCCCAACACCAUAGUUUUGCUUCCUCCAGAACAUCAGAGAUAAAAUCAUAUAGUGUGUAACUUUUUCAGAUUGGCAUAUUUCACUUUGUCAUAUGCAUUUAAUAUGCAUUUAUCCAUGUCUUUUCAUGGCUUGAUAGCUCAUUUCUUUUUAGCACUGAAUAAUAUUCCAUUGUCUGGAUGUACCAGUUUAUCAGGUACCUAGUAAAGGACAUCUUAGGUGCUUCCAAAUUGUUGACAAUUUUGAAUAACACUACUGUAAAUAUCCGUAAGCCAGUUUUGUGUGUGGGCAGGUUUUCAACUCAUUUGGGUAAAAACCAAGAGCAUGAUUGCUGGAUCAUUGGUAAAACUAUCUUUCGUUUUCUAAGAAACUGCCAAACUGUCUUUCAAAGUGGCUGUACCAUUCUACAUUCCCACCAGUGAUGAAUGAAAGUUCCCAUUGCUCUGUAUCCUCACCAGCAUUUGGUGUUAUCAGUGUUUUGGAUUUUGGCCAUUCUAAUAGGUGUACAGUGGUAUCUCAUUGUUUUCAUUUGCAGUGUAUUAAUGACAUGUUGAUCAUCUUUUCAUAUGCUUAUUUGCCACCUGUAUAUUUGUUUGGUGAAGUGCCUGUUCAGGUCUUUUGCCUAUUUUUUUAAGUCAUAAGGUUUUCUUGUUGAGAUUUGAGAGUUCUUUGUGUUUUGGAUAAUAGUCCCUUUAUCAGAUCUUUUGCAAUUAUUUUCUCCCAUUCUAUGGCUUGUUUUUUCUUCCUUUCAUUUUAUUUAUUCAUUUUUUAUUUUUUUGAGAUAGGAUUUUACUCCCAUCACCCAGGCUGCAGUGCAAUGGUGUUAUCUGGACUCACUGCAACCUCCCCCUCCCAGGCUCAAACGAUUCUCCUGCUUCAGCCUCCUGAGUAGCUGAGACCACAGUCACAUGCCAUGAUGCCUGGCUAAUAUUUUUGUAUUUUAUUUUUGUAAAGACAAGGUCUCAUUAUGUUGCCCAAGCUGCUCUCAACUCCUGAGCUCAAAUGAUCUGCCUGCUUCAGCCUCCCAAAGUGCUGGGAUUAUAGACAUGAGCCACUGCACCCUGCCUCAUCUUUUCAUUUUAAAGAAUAUAUCAGCAGGGAUUAUUGGAGCUGCAUGGUUUAAACUAUUGUCUUAGCUCAUUUUGUGCUGCUCUAACAAAAUAUCACAGACUGAGUAAUUGAUGAGCAACAGAAGCUUAUUUAGCUCACAGUUCUCAAGGCUGGGAAGAUUGUGAGGCUGUGUCUGGCAGGGGCCUUCUUGUGCUUCGUAACAUGGCAGAGGAUAUCACAUGGGUGAGAGAGAACAAGAGUGAAAGAGAGAGCAUGUUAUACUUUUGUAACAAACCACUGGUGGUCAGGAGCCCACUUCCUCCAUAACACAUUAAUCCAUUCAUGAGGCAGAGCUUCUUAAAGGUCCCACCUCUCAGAACUGUUGUAUCAACCAUUAAGCUCACAGCACAUGAACUUUGGGGAACACAUUGAAACCAUAGCAACAAUAUAUUUAAACUUCAUGGAUGCAACCUUAUGGAGAAAGUAUUUUUUAAAAUAAAUAAAUAAAUUUGUGUGUGUGUGUGUGUGUGUGUGCGUGUGUGUGUGAAAACAGGUUAAAGAUCUAAUGUUAAAAACAACUAAUACAAAAAUAUUCUUUCCACCAGGCUGGGGACAGUCAGUGGAAAACCACCCCACGAAAGCAUCUGCUCUAGUCCAGGCCUGAUUCAUUUGCUGCUAGGCCCUGAGGGGCAGGGGGUGUCACUGCUGUGUGACUUCUGGCCCAAGAUGAUGUUUCCAGGCCUUUGCCUCUCAGCGUUAGCCUGGUAUAGCCUCUGUUCCCAAAUGAGCCCUGUGCUGUCCCUCUGGGGAGGACAGUCCAGAGUCCCAGGCAUGGCACUGACACCAGCCACCUCUCCUUUCCCUCUGUGUCCCUGAAGUCAGGGAGGACACCAGCAAAUGCAUGGCGUAGCCUUGCUGGUGGCUGGAGCCCAUAUCUCUACCUCGCAUUGUUGGGUAGAGACACAGCAAGGCUUCCCUUUGUGGUAGGGGAUGGCUGAGUGGGGGCAGUGAGACUCUUCUUGCUCUGGCAGUUUUGCCUCCUGUCCCAAUGUAGCAUUUCUAGAUUCUUGUUAGGGGACUCCAGCCAGUGCCCUUUUAGAGCUGUGAAAUUGAAUGGUACACUUACAUAUACAUAACACAGCUUUAGGGAACAGGCCCUUUUGCAGUCCCUGAGAAGCACCCCCAGAUAGCUGCUCUGUGCUUUCGGCAUCCACCGAAUGCUUUGAGACUGGCUUCUGGUGCAGUGCUGUCAUGCCAGACUCCUGUCGACUUUAGUAGGGAUGGCACCAUGUUUGAGAGGCCCAGAGCCAGUGAACAAGGCAUAGGGCUUAUUGAGGGCACUCACAUACUGGGCGGUCCAGGGGCGACAGGCUGGAUGGAAGGAUCACUGCUGACUGUAAAAAGCAUUUCGUUUGGCGUUUUCAUUUAGCAGCCUCCUUCCUAACCACCUCCACCUGGCAACCUUCAUUUAAUGCAGAACAAAGAAUCUUGAUUUCCUGUAUGGUCUGCAUUCCAUGGAAUGGCUUAGGGGUUCAGAUGUUCCUUAUAGAUAAGGAAUGGGUCUCCAGGUUGGCCACAGUUCCUUAGCUCAAAACUCUGAUCACACAUCCUUCUUAGACUGUAGAGUCGUUCUGGGUAUGCUUAAGUUAAGUGAUUGUGGUCAGGUACAUCUGCCAUGUAACUGCAGGUGGUGGGGGGAUGCCUACGUAUAGUGCCUGUCCCUAGAGCUUACUAUUGUGAAGAAGAGUGUAUUAGUUCAUUCUCACACCACUAUAAAGAAAUCUAUGAAACUGGGUAAUUAUAAAGAAAAGAGGUUGAAUUGGCUCACAGUUCUACAGGCUGGGCCUAUCCCAGGUUGAAGCACCCAGAAUAUGGGAGCCAAGGGACCAGCAUUUUUAGCGAGCUCUUCAGGUAAGAGAAAACAUGAUGCUGGCAUAUGCUUGGGGAGGCUUCAGGAAACUUACAGUUAUGCAGCAGGCAGGUCUUACCUGGCUGGAGCAGGAGGAAGAGAGGCGCAGGAAGGAGGUGCUACACACUUUUAAACAAGCAGAUCUCACCAGAACUCUCAUGAGAACAGCACCAAAGGGGGAAAUCCACCCCCAUGAUUCUGUCACCUCCUACCCGGCCCACCCUCCAAUGCUGGGGAUGGCAAUCUGAUUGUAUUGUAAUUAUAGCCUACAAUUUGGGCAGGGAUACAAAUCCAACCAUAUCAAAGAGUGAGAUCGAUAAGCUAGAAAGUGUCUUAAAGAAACACCUUAAAGAAAAGGGUGUUUCCUAGAGUGUGGACCACAGAACCAGUUACAUCAGCAUUACUGGGAUUGGGGGGUAUGUAUGCUUGUUUGCACUUCAGACUCCUGGGCCUAUCCUAGGUUUAGAAUAUGGGGGCCGGCACUAGCAUUGUUAGCGAGUUCUCCAGGUGAUUCUCAUGUGUGAUGAGGCAGUGUAGCCUGAAGUCGGGCAGCAGCAGCAUCACCGGGGAGCCGUUGGAAACGCAGCUUCUUGGGCCCUGCCCCAGAGACACUGAUUCAGAGGCUCCGGAGGUGGGGCCCAGAAAUCUGGGUUUUAGCAAGUCCUAUAGGUGACUGUUUUCCAGAAGCACCGAUAUAACUGGAGAGGGCCGCAGCUGGAUGAAAUCAGGUGCACAGCUGCAGCUGGAUGGUCGCAGUGAGGAUGGAAGGGCAGUGUUUGUGCCGCAGUCUACCCUAAGAGGCAGGACCAGAGGCCAAAAGUUCCCCAGAGACAGGUUUCUAAGAAUUGAAGCAAUCCCUAAGGGGGCUGGCUGCCUGCGGUGUGCAGGAGGCCCUCUCCAGUGAGUCCCUGUGUCAGAGGGCCAUGAUCAGAAGCAGGCGUAGAGCCAGGGACCUGCCCUGGCCGUCAGAAUUGCACCAGCAGUGUGAAGCAUGCCCCUUGCUCCACGCAAGGAAAGAAGGAGAGAGGCAGUUGUCAGUGCAGAAGGUGUGAUUCUCAUGGAUGCCAGAGAGAGAGAGCAGAUCUGCUGGAUUAUAUAUAGUUCACUGUGUUGCCUCUGUCCUGGAGAGUAGGGGUUGGACAGGUUAAGGAAGGGGACAUGAGGGCCUUAGAAGUCCUGCCAAGCCCAGAUAUGGCAGCCCUGGGGUGCCAGGAACGACUCCUCCAAGGACAGCCCCUUGUGGUGGCUUUUUCGAAAAACUGCAGAGGCCAAAGUUACCAGAAGACUGGACCAUGAACAGAUUUCUUAAUUUUCAAAGAAAAGGAGGAGAAGAAUGCUGCUUCUGUGAGUCAGAGAGCUAUGUGCUGAUCCUGCAGCCUCUAGCCUGUUAGAACAUGGACAGCUGGCAGGGAGACUGGUCAGUACUGGGAGCCUCUAUCUACCUGAAGGUCACCCCAGGCUACUGGACUACAUGGUGCUUUUCUCCUGGGGUAAUUAGGCAGGUAAACAGGCCCUCUUUAGAGAGGUGUGCUAGAACACUCACUUGUGCAUGUGUACUGGGUGGCGGAAGAGUGAGUUGGGAGAGAGCUGGUUAAAUGCCUGCAUCCACAUGGCACUUAGUGUUUGAUGUUGAACUGGGGAGUUCUGAGUGUGACAGUUCUGCAGUGUCCCUCGUUGGCCCUUUUGUUGUGGUUACUUGGCAGAGCACAAAUGCCAUGCUUAUUGCAUAUGUGGAUGUAAAACAAAGCUGAGAGAGGGGAAAAAUGUUUGAUGUUGGGCAGAAUCCCAGAAGGUCUCGGCAGACUGGAGCAAUGGCGGAACCCAAGGGAGAAAUUUCACAGGAACCCGCAUGAUGUCUCCAUGGCCUGGGAAACCAUGUGUACCAGUUCAGGGAGGUGGGGAGUAGCAUCCACUGGAGGGAGAUGACAGCCUUGCCCUGUGCUCUGCAGACCAUACCUGGGGUAUUUGGUUCUGAGAAAAACCCAAAGAGAGAAGAGUAGGGAGCAGGCCAGGUGUGGUGGCUCACACCUGUAAUCCCAACACUUUCGGAGGCUGAGGCAGGCAAAGCACCUGAGGUCAGGAGUUCAAGACCAGUCUGGCCAUCAUGAUGAAACCCUGUCUUUACUAAAAAAUACAAAAAUCAGCCCAGUGUGGUGGCAGGUGCCUGUAGUCCCAGCUACUUGGGCGGCUGCAGCAGGAGAAUUGCUUGCACCCAGGAGGUGGAGGUUGCAGUGAGCCAAGAUUGCACCACUGCACUCCAGCCUGGGCGACACAGUGAAACUCCAUCCCCCAAAAAAUAGAGUGGGGAGCAGACUUGAAGCUAUUUCAGGCAGAGAAUGGUAGGGAAAAUGAGGCUAUUCUAAGAAGGGAGGACUAGAAGUGUGUCUUGAGUAGAGGGAAAGACCUGGGGUGCAGGACUGCAGCUCGCAGUGGGGUCAACCUGCCUUGUGGGACCCUGCAGGGCAGAGCUCCUAGCCAGGAGGUGGAUUUUGACUCCUGCUGGGAACUCCCUUAAAAGCCACCCCAGGAAUGAGCCCCAUGAGCGCCGGCAAGGCUGGCCUGCGGGCCCUCUAGGUCUGCCUGGAACUGAAUGGACCCUGUGUGUGUUCUUUUAGUCUUGGAAGAGCAUCCAGGACUUUGGGGGCCAGAGGAGUGGCCUCAAGUGAGCUCAGAAGUCCACACCUGAAUUGGGCCUUUUUAAAAAGUUGUUUUUUAAUGGGCAAUACAUGUAUGUGGCAGAAAGGCAGAGGGCACAGAUCUAAACUGGGAGCCUCAUUUUCUAGCCCCAACUUUCCUCUCCAGAGACAGCUAGUGGUAGCUAGUUUCUUGUGUGUCAUUUACUAGGAUGUGUGUGCAGAUAUACACAUAGGAACCACUUAGUUUGUAUGUUUCUGAGUUUUUUAUUAGCUUAGGACAUGUACAGUAGUGUACCUUGAUUGAUAAUGGUGGUAUCUUUCCAUAUACAGAGCUGGCUAAUUUCAGAAAUAGCUACAGAGUAUGUUGGAUCUGUUGUGGUUUAUUUAACCAGCCUCAUUGGUGGAAGUUCAGGAGUUGUUACAGAUAAUGUUGUAGUAAAAUUCAUGUCUGUAUGACAUUUCACACAGUUGUGUGUCUGGGAAAGACACUUCUAGAAGUAGAGUUGCUGGGUCAAAAGGUGUGUCAUUUUAAAUUUUGACAUCUCUGUAUUUUUUUAUUUUUUAUUUUUUUUUGAGAUGGAGUCUCACUGUGUCACCCAGGCUGGAGUGCAGUGAUGCAAUCUUGGCUCACUGCAACCUCUGCCUCCCAGGUUCCAGCCAUUCUCCUGCCUCAGCCUCCUGAGUAGCUGGGAUUACAGGCACCUGCCGCAGCACCCAGCGAAUUUUGGUAUUUUUAGUAGAGACAGGGUUUCACCUGUUGGCCCAGCUGGUCUUGAACUCCUAACCUCAGGUGAUCCACCCACCUUCUCCUAAAGUGCUGGGAUUACAGGCAUGAGCCACUGUGCCUGUGUAUAUUUAAUUGGUGAUUCCUUUACACGUUGGUGAGGGUGAACAUCUUCAGCUCCUUUUCUAUAACUGCCAGAUCUGUUCACAUCAUUUGACAGUUUCUCUAGUGGUUAUUGAUCUUUUUCUUAUUAUAUUAAUACAACUUUUUCCCUAAGUUUUCUUUAAUCUUUAUUUUUUUAAAUUUGUUUCUUAUUAUGCUGAAAUUUUAUUUUAGGCCUUUGGUUCUUGGGGCUACUUCUUUCAUUGAAAUCUUUGGCCUGGCUGGAAUUUACUUGGUGUAAGGAACAGGGUGGUAUCCAGCUUUUGUUUCUUGGGUUUUUUCCCUGGCCUGGCUGUGGAUGGGGCUUUUGGCUUCAUUCCUCUGGGAGUAGGCCAGGAGUGGAGAGUGUCUUUGGUGCUUAGAGGUCCUGCCUAGGGGAGUCUCCAGGGAGGAAGGUGGUAGAGACACCAUCCUGGCUUUCCCUGCUCACCUGUGGGGCAGUUCCUCCUGAAGGUUCCUAGCCCACCGGCCAUUCACAUCUGCCAGGUUGCCUCCCCACCAGUGAGGUCUGAGGGUUUGGCAGAGUCUGGGCAGAAGGGUCAGGCUGGGGCCAGGAUGGGGAGGGCUUUUUACUGACAGCCAGCUCACCCAGCCAUAGGGACAUGAGUCACACCCUCUCUGAAGGUGAUGCCACCAGGGACUUUAUCCACCUCAUCCAGAACAGAGUUUAGGGGCUCCAAGAGACUGAAAGCUGUGCACGGACUCGGUCCUUGGUCCACACUACAGGGAGCCAAUUCCAGCUCUCUCCAAAGCCAUAGUGCUUUGCCUACAGUCACCUCUGAACCCACUGACCCAAACAAAUGACCAUACCCAUAGGGCUGAAAACCAAGCCCACUCUGUGGGGACCAGUGGCACCUUAAGGAAGUUCUUUAGCUUCCUGAAAAACAGCAUGUAGGCUGGGUGCAGUGGCUCAUACCUGCAAUCCCAGCACUGUACGAGGCCAAGGUGGGCAGAUCACUUGAGGCCAGGAAUUCAGACCAGUCUGGCCAACAUGGUGAAACCUCAUCUCUAGUAAAAAUACAAAAAUUAGCCAGGCAUGGUUGUGCCCACCUGUCAUUCCAGCUACUCAGAAGGCUGAAGCAUGAGAAUUGCUUGAACCCAGGAGGCGGAGGUUAUAGUGAGCUGAGAUCAUACCACUGCACUCCAUCCUGGGUGAUAGAGUGAGACCCUGUCUAAAAAAUAAAAAUAGACCAGGUGCAGUGGCUCAUGCCUAUAAUCUUAACACUUUGGGAGGCUGAGAGGCAGGCAAAUCACCUGAAGUCAGGAGUUUGAGACCAGCCUGGCCAACAUGGUAAAAAUCUGUCUCUACUAAAAAUACAAAAAUUAGCCAGGCAUGGUGGCAGGCACCUGUAAUCUCAGCUACUUGGGAAGCUGAGGCAGGAGAAUCACUUGAACCCAGGAAGCAGAGAUUGCAGCAAGCCAUUGCACUCCAGCCUAGGUUAUAGAGUGAGGCCCUGUCUCAAAAAAAUAAAAAAUAAAAUAAAAUAAAAUAAAAUAAAAACCAGCAUGUACCAGCCUGGCCAACAUAAUAAACUCUUGCCCCCUGCCCCCCCCCAAAAUUAGCAGGGUAUGGUGGCACAUGUCCUUAGGAGGCUAAGGCAGAAGGAUUACCUGAGCCCAGGAGGUCAAGGCUGCAGUGAGCCAUGACUGUGCCACUGCACUCCAGCCUGGGUGACAGAGUGAGACCCUGUCUCAAAAUAAACAAAAUCUAACAUGCCCAGUUUUAAAGGUAAAUAUGAGGUGCAGCUAGAAUCUUGUAGUUGGAUAGCAUGGCCAGAACAAUGGUCUUCAAAGUGGGUUCCCUGGACCAGUAACAUCACCUGGAAACUUGUUCAGAAUGCAAAUGCUGGCUCUGUUUUAAUAAUCCCAUCAGGUGAUUGUGAUGUGCACUGCAGCAUGAGACCCAGUGUGUCAAAAGAAACCGCUCACCCAAGACGAGCAGGUGUGAUUGUUGAGGGAGCCUCAGGUUUCCUCACAUGCCCGCCUGUCAUUUGCCAUUGGGUGUCUCUGCGAACUGCAAGAGCAGGCAGGUUGCACAAUGUGGCUGUUGUCACAGCAGAUCUGUGUCCCUCCUCACAGUUUAGCUGGCAUGGGGCAUUGCCAAGGGAUCUGUGUUCAGAGAGACUCCACGAGAGCAGGUGUCUCACCUGGCACCUGUCCAGGCCUCUCUUCUUCCUUUACUGACAGAUCUGUAAAUCACUUUCUUGCUUUACUGACAGAUCUGCAAAUCACUUACUUCUGCAGCGUCCGCUGCAGAAACAGGGUGGUGGUGCCUCAUUUUCCCUGGUUCUCCACCCUGCAUCAGAUGAACCUCCUGAGGGCUCUUGCUUCUAGGAAUGAAGCUUCCAUACCUUACCAGCUUCCCUUGCCCGAUGAACCAAAGGUUGGAAACUGAAGGAAGACGGAAGCCUCUGGCUUCCCCUGUUGCUGGAGGGAUGGCAAUAAGGACACAGGAAGAUAAUAGACAGACCCGGAGCCCUGAGGAUGAGGCAGUGUGCCUCUAGCUCUGAGAGCAGGCCCAGAGACGCACUGCACCCUCAUCAGCAGAGGCAGGAGCAAAGCUUCAGUGAGAGGGGCUUUCAAGGAAACAGUCUCCUGGGCAGUGAAUUCUGUCACUGUGGGUGGGGGGCCAGGGGUGUGGCCCUGGCCCAGAAGUCAGGCAGUAUGCUGGUGGGUACUGUUCCCAGCUGGAGGCGCCAGCAGUAGACAGUGAACUGCUGCCAACAAGCAGGGCAGAUGCAGCCGCUUCUCCUGCUGGGUCCUGGUUGUAGUGGUGGCUGCUCCCUUGAGAAAAUGGCUCCCACAGGCCUGCAGGGGCUCUUAGGCAGAGCCUGAAUAUGCUUUCCUCUUCUCUUCCAGAUCUUACCAUGAGCUACCCGGGCUAUCCCCCGCCCCCAGGCGGCUACCCCCAAGCUGCACCAGACAUAUAAUAGCAAACAGCCAAACCCCUUCCCAUCAAUGCCUUCAUGUUACUAAAAUCUCAGAGCUCCCCGUGGUCACCUCUGUCAUGGCUCAGCCUGGUGUCCCACAACAGUCUGUCCUUGUGUGUCCUCUGGCUCCAAGAUGGUGAACUUGGGAGGGCAGAGCCUGCGGGGCAGUUCAGCCCGGACUACCUCUUGGGAAUGGCGGCCAACAUGUCUGGGACAUUUGGAGGAGCCAACAUGCCCAAUCUAUACCCUGGGGCCCCUGGAGCUGGCUAUCCAACAGUGCCUUCUGGGGGCUUCGGGCAACCCCCUCCUGCCCAGCAGCCUGUUCCUGUCUAUGAGAUGUAUCCAUCCCUAGGAGGAAACCCACCCUCCGGGAUGCCCUCAUAUCCGCCAUACCCAGGGGCCCCAGUGCCGGGCCAGCCCAUGCCACCCCCUGGAGAGCAGCCCCCAGGGGCCUACACUGGGCAGCCACCAGCGACCUAUCCCCGUCAGCCUCCAAUGCCACUCCCUGGGCAGCAGCAGCAGCAGCCAGUGCCAAGCUACCCAGGAUACCCAGGGUCUGGGACCAUCACCCCCGCUGUGCCCCCAACCCAGUUUGGAAACCGAGGCACCAUCACCGAUGCUCCUGGCUUUGAUCCCCUGCGAGAUGCCGAGGUGCUGCGGAAGGCCAUGAAAGGCUUCGGCACGAAUGAGAAGGCCAUCAUGUCGAUGGGGAGUCGCUCCAACAAGCAACGGCAGCAGAUCAUCCUGUCCUUCAAGACGGCUUAUGGCAAGGAUUUGAUCAAAGAUCUGAAAUCUGAACCAUGAGGAAACUUUGAGAAGACAAUCUUGGCUCUGAUGAAGACCCCAGUCGUUUUUGACGUUUAUGAGAUAAAGGAAGCCAUCAAGGGGGUCGGCACUGAUGAAGCCUGCCUGAUUGAGAUCCUUGCUUCCCGCAGCAACGAGCACAUCCGGGAAUUAAACAGAGCCUACAAAGCAGAAUUCAAAAAGACACUGGAAGAGGCCAUUCAAAGUGACAUGUCAGGGUACUUCCGGCGGCUCCUCAUCUCUCUCUCUCAGGGAAACCGUGAUGAAAGCACAAACGUGGACAUGACCCUGGUCCAGAGAGAUGCCCAGGAGCUGUAUGCGGCUGGGGAGAACCGCCUGGGAACAGAUGAGUCCAAAUUCAGUGCAGUACUCUCCCGGAGCCGGGCCCACCUGGUGGCAGUUUUCAAUGAGUACCAGAGAAUGACAGGCCAGGACAUUGAGAAGAGCAUCUUCCGGGAGAUGUCCGGGGACCUGGAGUAGGGCAUACUGGCCGUGGUGAAAUGUCUCAAGAAUACCCCAGCCUUCUUUGCGGAGAGGCUUAACAAGGCCAUGAGGGGGGCAGGAACAAAGGACAUUCGCAUCAUGGUGUCUCACAGCGAGACCAACCUCCUGGACAUCAGAUCGGAGUAUAAGCGGAUGUAUGGCAAGUCGCUGUACCACGACAUCUCGGGAGAUACUUCAGGGGAUUACCGGAAGAUUCUGCUGAAGAUCUGUGGUGGCAAUGACUGAACAGUGACUGGUGGCUCACUUCUGCCCAUGUGCCGGCAACAGCGGUGCCAGGAAAAGGCCAAAAGAAUGUCUGUUUCUAACAAAUCCACAAAUAGCCCUGAGAUGCACCAUCCUAGAGCCCAGGCCUGUCCUCCACCCCCUCACCCAUAUGUUGUGCCACAGGACCUGGGUCGGUCUAGAACUCUCUCAGGAUGCCUUUUCUACCCCAUCCCUCACAGCCUCUUGCUGCUGAAGUAGACGUUUCAUUUUUCUGACUCAUGCAA